AUAAUGUAAAUCAAAACUACCAUGAAAUACCACUUCACCCCAACUAGGAUGGCUAUAAUGAUUUGAAAAAUGGAAUAACAAGUUUUGGCAAGCAUGUGGGGAAAUUGGAUCUCAGCAUCACAACUCACACUGACACUGCCACUGUGGAAAACAGUUGUGGGUCCUCAAGAAGUUAAACACACAAUUACCAUAUGACCCAGCACUUCCCACCUCUAUUCCUUCUAGGUAUAGCCUGGAAGGAAUUGAAAGCAGGGACUCAAGCUGGUACUUGUAUGCCAGUGUUCACAGCAGCAUGUGCACAAGAGCCAGUAGAUGAAAACAACCCAGGGGUCCAUCAGCAGAUGGAGGGACAGACAGGAUGUGGUCUCUCCAUACAAUGGAAUAUUAUUUGGCCAUUAGAAGGAAUGAAGUUCUGAUUCAUGCUACAGCAUGGAUGUACCUUGAAGACAUGAUGUGGAGUCACAUAAGCUAGACACAAAAGGACAAACAUUGUAUGAUACCAUUUAUAUGCAUUUUAUAGAAUUGGCAAAUUCAGAGAGACAAAGUAGAUCAUAGUUUAUAGGCGUCUGAGAGGAUCCAGGAGUGGGGAGUUUGGUUAAUGUUUCAGAGUUUCCAUUGGGGUGAUGAGAAAGUUCUGGAAUUAUUAGUGAUGGUUGUACACUAUUGUGAAUGUAAUUAAUACCACUGAAUUGUACGCUUAACAAUAAGAUAGCAAAGUUAAUUUUUACUACAAUUUUAAAGUUAAUAUAAUUGCCAAAAACCAUUGGAUUGUAUACUCUUGAGUGGAUGAAUUGUAUGGUAUGUGAAUUAUAUCUUAGUAAAGCCUUUUGGAAAAAAAAAGACAAAAUGAAGACAUUGUCAGACUUAAAAAGCUGAAAGAAUUCAUUAUCAGCAGACCCACAUUGCAGGAAAUGUUAAGAGAUGGCCUUCAGGGAGAAAGGAAAUGAAACCAAGUGGAAUUCUGGAUCUACAGGAAAGAAUGAAAAGCAGUGGCAAUGGUAACUACGUAGCUUCCUCUUCUCAGGAUCUCCUGUUAGUCAAAUAAGCAUCAUCAAGAACAAGAAGGGGAUGGAGGCCGAGUCAGUACCUGCCGGGUCCUACACACUGGUGACCUUCAGGGAUAUACUUGUGAACUUCACCAGGGAGGAGUGGAAGCUGCUGGACUCUGCUCAGCAGAUCAUGUAUAAAGAUGUGAUGCUGGAGAACUAUAAGAACCUGGUUUCCUUGGGGCAUCAGCUUCCUAAACCACACGUGAUCCUCCAGUUGGAGAAAGGGGAAGAGCCGUGGCUGGUGGAGAGAGGGAUUCACCAGGAGACCCAGGCAGAUUUGGAGACUGCAAUUGAAAUUAAAUCAAUUUCCAGUAAGAGCAUUUCUAAAAAUAAACAGUCCUGUGGCAUUAAAAUGGAAGGAAUUGCAAAGAAUGAUCUUUGGUACUUGUCAUUAGAAGAAGUCUGGAGAUGUGAAGACCAGUUGGACAAGUAUCAGGAAAACCAGGAGAGACAUUUGAGGCAAGUGGCGUUCACCCAAAAGAAAGUACUUACUCAGGAGAGGGUCUGUGAAAAUGGUAAAUAUGGGGGAAACUGUCUUCUUCCUACUCAGCUGGUACUGAGAGAAUAUUUCCACAAACAUGACUCACAUACUAAAAGUUUAAAACAGAAUUUAGUUUUUAGCAGUCAUCAGGAAAGCUAUGCAGGUAGCAGUGAAUGUGGUCCAACCUUCUGUCAAAACAUUCACCUUAUUCAGUUUGCAAGAACCCAGCCAGGAGAUAAGUCCUACAAAUGCCCUGAUCCUGUGAACUCUCUUACCAGUGGUACAUCCCUUGGUAUAUCAAAGGGUGUACAUAGGGAGAAACCCUAUGAAUGUAAGGAGUGUGGGAAGUUCUUCAGCUGGCGCUCUAACCUUACCAGGCACCGGCUUAUCCAUACUGGAGAAAAACCCUAUGAGUGUAAAGAAUGUGGAAAAUCUUUCAGCCGGAGUUCUCACCUCAUUGGGCAUCAGAAGACGCACACUGGUGAAGAGCCCUAUGAAUGUAAGGAGUGUGGGAAGUCCUUCAGCUGGUUUUCUCACCUUGUCACGCAUCAGAGAACUCACACAGGAGACAAACUGUACACAUGUAGCCAGUGUGGGAAAUCUUUUGUUCACAGUUCCAGGCUUAUUAGGCACCAGAGAACUCAUACUGGAGAGAAACCUUAUGAAUGUCCUGAGUGUGGGAAGUCUUUCAGACAGAGCACGCAUCUCAUUCUGCAUCAGAGAACUCACGUGAGAGUGAGGCCCUAUGAAUGUAGUGAGUGUGGGAAGUCUUACAGCCAGAGGUCUCACCUUGUGGUACACCACAGGACUCACACGGGACUGAAGCCCUUCGAGUGUAAAGACUGCGGAAAAUGCUUCAGUAGAAGCUCUCACCUGUUCUCCCAUCAGAGAACCCACACUGGAGAGAAACCAUAUGAAUGCCACGAUUGCGGGAAAUCUUUCAGCCAGAGUUCUGCCCUCAUUGUGCAUCAGAGAAUUCAUACUGGAGAAAAGCCAUAUGAAUGUUGCCAGUGUGGAAAAGCCUUCAUCCGGAAGAACGACCUUAUUAAGCAUCAGAGGAUUCAUGUUGGGGAAGAGACCUAUAAGUGUGAUCAGUGUGGGAUUAUCUUCAGCCAGAACUCUCCACUGAUCGUACAUCAGAUAGCCCACACUGGAGAGCAGUUCUCAACAUGUAACCAGUGUGGGACAGCGCUCGUCAGUAGCCCUAACCUUGUUCGAUACCAGACCAGUCACAUUAGAGGAAAUGCUUAUUAGUAUAGUGAAUGUGGAGAGUUCUUUACAAAGAGCAAUAACUUUAUUUUGCAUUGGAAACUCUGGAAAGAAGCUGUGUAGACGUAAUCUGUGCAGAAAUGCUGUCAGUCUUGUUAUCCUUUUGUGCACUCGAGACCUGGUCCUAGAAGGGGAAAUAACCCACAGAUUUCAUUUUAGUACACAAAUACAUCAGCCUUUCUUUCCACAAAUUCCUACAAAAGCAGUUGUCCUUGGAGCAUUCUUGACCAAGCCUUAAAAUGCUAAAAUCUGAGAGGGAACCAUUAAUUAGGUGAGUUGUUGAGAGAUUAACCAACUUUGUUACCUUCUUCAAAAAGGUAAAUCAAUGAGUGUUGCUACUGCAAUGAAUAAAAAAAUUGAUACACAAAAGUGGAAAAAUAGUAUUCCAGCCCCCCCUUUUUUACUUAAUUGUCCUCUUUUGGGACAUUUAGUAGUGUUUACUCUGUUUUAUGUGUCUGAUUUAAACCACAUUUUGGUUAGCAGCAGGGAGAAUGUUUAUAAUGUAAAGCAGAAAAAGAAAACAUUUAUUAGUAAUGGCACUUACUUUAAAUAUAUUUGCAUGUGGGCAAGAAUUGGAAAAGUAUUCAUGGAUAAAUGACCAGAAAUGAUUUGUUAGGUAAUGGGAUUGAGUGAGUUUUAUAGUUUAUUCCAUGUCCCUCUGAUAAUUAUUUGAAGAUAUUUUUGAAUAGUAAGAAAAGGAUAUCCAGCUUCUCUAUUCUAUCAUCAGGGAUGCUCAAGAAUCAUCUGUUAGCAGCCUUUGCCAUUCUGUGUUAUUUUGGGACAUAGUUAGAGUUUGUCUCUAACUAUUUGUUUCUUUGAGACAGGGUGCUAAAUGCUUCUGGGAAUUUAGAAACAAUGAUUCUGUGGACAUUGGGAUCUAGAGGAAGAUUAGGUAUUUGAGCACACCAGGAAAGGUCCCCGUUUGAGUGGGAGCAGGUACUUGGGCCAUACUUAGAGCAGCUAUGAUCAUGAAAUAAACAGCUCUGCCUAAAGCCCCCUCCUUCCAAGGUGGUCCUUCAUCUUUAUAAAGGGAACAUAGUGGUUAAAUAGCAUAAGCUUGAGGUAGACUACCCAAGUUGAAAUUUCACCUCUGUCCUUAUCUUGCUGAGUGAGCUUGGGCAUGCUGCCUAAUGUCUCUGUGCCUAACUCACAGAAUCUGCUUCUGUAAAUUAGGGAUAUUACUUACCUGGUAGGAUGUGGUGGGUAUUAAGUGGGUAAACACAUAAGCAGCUUUAUGAUUCAUACAUAAGUGCUUUAUGAUUGCUAGCCAUGGUGCUUGGUGUUGCUGUCGUGGCCCAACCGUGGUGUGUGCCAUUGAACUUUAACCUGCCUGAGUGUAAGAGCUCAUAGUGCUGGCUUCCCUCCCAGCCACGUUUCCCUCUUAUCUCCGUCAGCCCUUAGCCUGAGGAAAGCCCUGCCUGUAGUGGGUGUGUAGACUCAUUUCUGAGGAGCAGUAAACAACUUGUAGUAUUGUAUGCAAAGUCAUCUUGUUUGUAGAGAGGUUUUCUUUUCUAGGGAGAGGAGCCUAAUCUUCAGAUUCUGUGGUAAGUUCAUGCUAAAAGUCCCUGCUAAAAAGAUUUAGCAAGAGAACUUGUUUAAAUUCUUUCUGUAAAUGAUCUCCUGUGUGUAGGGACUAGCCAUUAUCUUCCAUUUGCACAUAACAGGAUAUAUGUUAGGUGCUUAAUGAUUGAGGGUUGAAAGCUAAAUAUUUUUGAGAGCAAGAGGACAAAGAUCUUGAUGCCUGCCUCACAGGAAAGCUUUAGAAAUGAUUGCUAAUGUCAUGAGACUUGGGAUCCACAGGGAACGUAAGACCAUCUAACUCGUACUCUUCAUCAUACAGUUGAGAAAUGGUGAGUUGGCGCAGGUCUUACAUUUUGAGUAGUCAGGCCCAGAACUAGACCUCUGGUCCCUCAGUUACUACUGCUGUCCAUGGUGCAUUUAUACCAGUGGCACGCAUAAUACGCUCCUGUCAGGAGUUUUCAUGAGAAGCAGUGGUUCUUCAUGGGAGUGGAAGAGUAGCCCCUUAGCUUGGUUUCUGUUAACCUGUGGCUCAAUUUUCCUCAACUGUGUAAUGGAGGUACUUCUAGUACCUACCUCAGAGGGUUGUUGUGUGGAUUAAGUGAGAUAAUGUGUAUAAAGUACUUAAACAGUGCCUGGCACACAAGUACUGUAUGUGUUAGCUACUGCUACUAUUACUAACACUAACACACUAAGGAGUGUAGGAAGAGAGAAAUGUCUGUGGAUGAUCACUGAAAUAUUACUUAAAAUAGUCCAGAAAUUUGCAGUAUAAAAUGUAUAGUAGCAAAAUGGUUAUUUAUAGCAUAUCCAUUGUCAUGGAAUAUUAUGCAGACAUCAAAAUUAUACAGACAAAGUUAACAGAAAUGUUGAUGCUAUCAUGUGUUUUGAAGAAAGCAUGAUAAAUAAGUGUUAAUAUGGAGUAAACUCAGAUGUAAAAAUAAAUGAAUUGUAAAUAAAUGAAUCUUGUUCAAAACUCUUAAGGAAAUUUGUCAAAAGAUUAGUAACAGUUAACCUAUUUUCUUUUCUCUUUCUCCUUCUUUCUUCCUUUCUUUCUUUUUUGUACUUUUCUACUUCUUCCAAAGUCUCUUCAACAAAUACAUAUCACUUCUAGGAUCAGGAAAACAGUCUCUUCAGUAAGGAAAUAUUUUCUCUUCCAAAGUUUUCACAUACAGAUAAACUACUAGAACCUUAAUAAGGGAAUUCGACAGCAGAUGACUCCGAGGUUGCUGGUGGUCUGGCGUGGGAGAGAACAGACAGCAGACGGGACCGCCAGGAAACCAGCGAGCAGGAUCUGUGUCUUGACUGGUGCUGGUUCCAUGACUGCCCUUGUCUGUUAAACUCAUCACACUAUACAUUUGAAGUGGAUCCAGUUGUAUGUAAGCUUUACUUCAGUAAAAUUGAUUUUUUUGAAAAUAUUCAGAACAGGAAUUUCUGGGAAAUCCGAGAAAAUCCGCAGCUUCAAGUGAAAGCUAAUAACAGUAGUAGUAGUUGCUGAUUUUAUAAUUCAUCUUCAUUUAUAGACAGCUUAAUACAAGUAACCAAUCUGCUAAGCUCUUUAAUACAAUAGAUUAUUUCCACCUAUAGCCCUAUGAGUAACAUUUUCUCACCCCUAUGUUUAAGGAAACUAGAGUUUGGAAAUUUUAGGUAAUUUGCCCCAAUUACAUAGCUAGUGAAGCUUCAUAUUAAAAGUAAUUAGCAAGUGUGGUGCGGAUCUCAAGCAAGGUAGUGUCUGGGGCUUUGUAGAGGAUCUUACAAAAUUAGCCAGUCCAAUAUGAAAAAUAGGCACUACCAUUGUGAUUUAUUUUCUCCAUAGACAAAUUUGCUGAAUUAAUACCUGCAUCAUUUUAAGACAGGUACGUGACAUUAUACACGGAGACAGGACAUUGAGUGGAAAUUAGGAUUAGGAUCUGAAGGUAAGAAAGUAGAUUACUGUGGAAACGAGUAGUGGCCUCUGAGUUGUAUGUACUGUCUUACUUAGUUUUCACAUUAAUGCCGCUUUGAGUUCACAGUGACUGCCCCAAGUUGCACAGUAAGAAGUGGAAGAGCCAAGGUUGAAACCCAGAUCCCUUAGGCUCCAGCUCAUGCGGUGUUUCCACUACUUGCUGCCUGUACAUCUGGCUAAGGGUCCUGGUGCUAUCCUGAGGGUAAUGGGAAGACACAGGAAUUUUAAAGGCCCAGUAUCCUUAAUCACCACUGUUAUAGGCUCACAGGGAUUCAAAAAGCAUUUUCUUUCUUCCCUUUUUCCUUUUUGUAAACAGAUUUCAUUUAUUGAGAGCGAGCAUAUUGUGGGGGGCACAGAAGGAGGAGGAAGAGAGAAAGGGCAUCUCAAACAGACUCCCUGACAGUGUUUGAUCCCACGACUCCGAGACUGUGACCUGAGCGGAAACCAAGAUCAGCUCAGCUUACCUGAUUGAGCCACUCAGGUGCCCCAGAAAGUAUUUUCUUAACAUUCAUCCGUGAAUUAAGCAUACACUGAUCAGUCUGUGGCAUUGCCUUUCCUGUUAGAUGGCAAAAAGGUUAAAAUUUUUUAUUUCGUUAACUUUGCUGUUAAAUAAAUUGCAAGGUUACCACAUGCUCAGUGUCUUGGCAGCUGUAUAGGAAUUGGUUGAAAGAGAGGGUGUGUGUAAAUGGGUGUUGGUUGAGGUUGGCAAGAUAUCCCAGUAAUGACAUCAAUUUAGGAGAUGGCAAGGGUCCCUAGAUUUGUGGCUUCAGGGAGUUGGAAAGGCCCAACUGCUUUCUGCUCUACACAUUAGAAAUUCAGCCGUUAGCUCUAGAUAUUUUAUUGACAAAGUUCUCUUAUCACACAGCCCUGUGAAAAAAGAUUUAGGGUGCAUUACCUUACAAACAAGCUCUACUGUAUCUGUUCUGGAUAGAAAUUUAUGCUCCCAAAUUUUCUGUGUUGAAGCCAUUCCUGUUACCAGAAUGUGGUUUUACAUGAAGAAAGGGUCUUCAUGGAGGUCAUCAAGUUAAGUCAUUAGUGAAGCUAUAAUCCAGUAUCAAUGGUGCACUUCUAUUUAAAAAAGGGGGGGAACAUUUGGAGACAGAGAUGCAUAUAAAGGGAAGAUGAUGUGGGGAGCACAGGUAGAAGGUGGGUCUACAGGUUAAAGGACAGAGGCUGUAACAGAUCCUUCCUUGACAGCCCUCAGAAGGAACCAGUCCCUACCAACAACUUGAUUUUGGACCUCUAGCCUCCAGAACUUUAAGACAAAUGUCUGUUGUUGAAGGCCACACUCUGUGGUAGUUUGUUACCGGUGACCUAGGACUGCAACAUUGCUUUAUUUAAAAUUGCAGCCACACUGCUGGUACUGCUAAUUCCUUAAUCCUAUUUUUUUCAUGUUUUCAGUAGUACUCCUUUCCUGUUUAUCAACCAAUCAAUCAUCUGUCUUCCCUUACCAAAAUAAAUGCUUCACAAAGGAUCCUAGUAGGUUUUCUUUUUUGAAAGAUUUACUUAUUUUGGAGACAGCAGGGGUGAGGGGCAGAGGGAGAGAGAGAGA